AUUCUAUUCUGAAAUAUUCUGAAAUACAACUACUUUCUCUCUACUUCUUCUAUCAUCUUUAUACUUUAUAUCGUUGUGUAUAUUACAAGAUUUACAACACGUUAUCAGCACGAGUCUCUGCCCGAGCUUUGUUUCAAUAAAGGUGUGCAAGUUAUUAUCCAAAAUCUAUUUCGACGAAGAAGAAUGACGAAUCUUGCAAAAUUAGAGUUCGUUGCCUUGGAUGUCUCUGGAAAUAAUUAUCUAUCAUGGGUCCUUGAUGCGGAAUUACACCUUAGUGCUAAUGGCCUAAAAGAUACUAUUGACCCAGAAAAAAUCCCAACCGUUGAACAAAAUGCGAAAGCAAUUAUCUUUCUUAGACAUCACAUCCACGAAGACCUAAAAUCUGAAUACCUCACUAUCAAAAAUCCACUCACCCUUUGGAAUAAUCUUAAAGAUAGAUUUGAUCACCAGAAACUUGUUCACUUGCCAUCCGCCCGAUAUGACUGGAUUAAUUUGAGGCUACAGGAUUUUAAAUCUGUAGCUGAAUAUAAUUCAGCUCUUUUCAAGAUAAGCUCAAAAUUAAUUUUAUGUGGUGAAAAUAUUACCAAUGCUGAAAUGAUUGAAAAGACCCUCUCAACCUUUCACCCCAACACUAUGAUCCUAGCUCAACAAUAUAGGGAGCGGAAUUUUCAGAAAUAUGGUGAGCUGAUAUCUCUCCUUCUUGUGGCUGAAAAGAAUAAUGAGUUGCUAUUGAAAAACCAUCAGAUACGUCCCACAGGCUCUGCCCAGUUACCUGAAGUACACAACACGUCAUUCCUGAAGAAUGAACGUGGGAAAGGGCAUAGAGGAGGACGAGGUUAUGGACGAAACCGUGGAUGUGGAAAUUUCCGUGGUCGGUUUCGCAAUCAAUAUCAUUCUGAUCACCUGAAGUGGCAACGAGAUGGUUACAACUCUGGCCACCAGAAGUGGCAACGUGAUGGUUACAACAAGUGCCAACGUGAAGUGCCAAAUAAAGGAAAGGCACCCCAAGAAGGAGAGAAACGAGACAUAUGUCAUAGGUGCGGAACUGAGGGACACUGGCAACGUACUUGUCGUACACCCAAACAUCUUGUUGAUCUCUACGAGUCAUUCAAAAAGAAUACUGGAAAGAGAGUGGAAACAAACUUUGCUAAUUAUAAUCUAGUUAAGGAACCAGUCAACAAGGCCUCAAAUGAAAUAGAUAUUGGUGCUAACCUUUAUUAUGGUUUAGACGACUAGCCUUCAUAUGUAUUGUCUUACUUUAUGUAUUUCCUUCAUGUACUCGUUUUUAUGUAUUUGUUUUAUGUUGUUAUCCUAUGUACUCGUUGUGUUUUUAAUGAAGAUGUUUUAUAUUUAUAUAUGUAUAGAGAUGGAAGAUACAUGCAUUGUUGACAGCGCAACCACACACACUAUUUUACAGAGUCAGAAAUACUUCUCACAAUUGACUAAAACCAAUUCACAUGUCUGGACGGUAUCGGGUACAUCAAAUAUAAUAGAGGGUUUUGGGGAAGCUAGUUUUAUUCUACCAAAUAAGACACAUAUACAUAUACAAGAUGCUCUAUACUCUAGCAAGUCAACUAGAAAUCUACUGAGUUUUAAAGAUAUUCGUCUUAAUGGGUUUCACGUUGAAACUACUAAUGAGAAUGAAAAAGAAUAUCUUCUCAUCACCUCAAACACCGUUGACAAUAAAAGGGUCUUAGAAAAGUUUCACUCAGUUUCUUCAGGAUUAUAUGUUACAAGAAUAAGAGUUAUUGAAACCCAUAGUGUCAACGUCCCCAAAGUUACAGACCCAAAACUACUUUCCCUCUGGCACGAAAGGCUUGGUCAUCCAGGAAUAUCUAUGAUGCGCCGUUAGGGGUGGCAAAAUCCGACACGACCCGAAGCACGACCCGAAACCGACUCGAAAAAAUACGAAUUAGGGUCGGGGUUUUUGACUUUCGGGUCGGGUUCGGGUUGGGUAAAAAUAUACCCGAAAAAAUCGGGUCAUUUUCGGGUUGACCCGAAAUACCCGAACCCGACCUGUUUAUUUUAAUAUUAUAUAUAUUAUAUAU